AUGACUGCAGAGCGAGGAGACGAUGCCGGGGUCAGGCUCCACGUUGGCGGGCUGGCACGCGGGGUUGACCCGAACGAGCUGGCGGCCCUAAUCGCUCGCACCCUCCCGUCAGGGACAGCCUCGCCGACAGCCGAGAUCAUGCGCGACGCAUCCACGGGCAUCGAGCGCGGGUUUGGGUACGUCAGCAUCCCUGGUGGGGAAGGGGUGAAGGCGGGAGCGGAGAGGGCGAUAGCGGCGUACGACGGGGCCAGGUGGAAGGGCGGCAAGAUCAGGGUGGGCUUCGCCAAGGGCGACUACCUGCAGCGCCUCAAGGCCGAGUGGGACGCCGCCGCGAAGAAGAAGAAGGAGGAGGAGGAGGAGGCGUCGGCACCGACAACGACGGCGGCGGGUGGGCCUAGCAAGACCCCCGUGCCUCCAGCCGUGGCCUACAAGGCGCGACCGUUUCUCAGGCUUCGGCGGAGGCCCGGAGAGCGCGUUGUCCUGGUUGACCCCACGCCCAUCGCCUGGGCCAAACCAAGCCGGAAAGACCCCAGGACUUGGAACAAGAGGGAGGAAGAGGGGGGAGAGGAAGGGGGGGACGGCGGGACGCACAGGCGCAAGCGGGGGGUGCUGGGGGCCCGGCGGAGGGUAGAGUUCCCGGGGAGGGAGGCGACGUGCUCCACCAAGUGUCGGGAGCUAUGGCGGAGACAUUUACAGGAACGGGCUGCUGAGGCCAGCGCCGCAAGGCUGCGCUCGGUGGACCGGUUGAUAUCAGGGCAGGGGGUGUCGGCUGCCUCAGCAGCAGCGGAAGAGGCAGGAGGAGCGGUGGUGGUGCCGAACGGAGAGGCGUUUUCGAGGUCGAGGGAGGCGGCACAGCAGUCCGCGGCGGCGGAAUAUCUACCGGUUGAAGGCGCGGCGGAUCUCGGGCCGGAAGAACCCCCCCCUUCGGAGGGGAUUGAGUUCGUGUGGGACGAUGCUGCCGAAGAAGGGUCGGGGAGUGGCGACGGCGUUGCAGAGGAGGAGGAGGAGGAGGAGGAAGAGGAGGAGGAAGAGGAGGAGGAGGAGGAAGAAGAGGAGAAAGACGAGCACCAACCCGUCGAAGACACGAAGCACCGAGCGGCGGCGGUAGUAACUUCACGCGAAGAGGAGGAAGAGGAGGAGGAGGAGGGCGUCGAGGGAAGAGGGGAAGACAGCCACCGGGACCCCCCGCCGCCGGUGUCGCCCGCAGCAGCAGCAGCAGCAGCAGCGACAGGCAGAACGGCGUCGAAGAGGCUGGAACGUCUUGGAGAAAAGCACGGGGUGGAGCUGGACGAUCGCCUGGCGGAGCUGCUUAGGUUCAUGAGGACCGGCAAGAGGGAGGACGUGGAGGCGGCGUGGCUCGGGGAGCGGCGGGCGCUGACUCAGGACUUCAAGCGCAAGCACAAGGACGCCGUCAAGGGGCGACGCGGGGCGGCGGGGGGGGGGCACCCGGCCUCCAAGAAACGGAGGAGGCAACGGAAGGACAAUGCCUCGUAG